GCGGGUUCUGCAGGAGGAACUGCCGGGGGAACCCCAACUGCCUGGUGGGCAUCGGGGAACACGUCUGGCUGGGCGAGAUCGAUGAGAACAGCUUCCACAACAUCGACGACCCCAACUGCGAGCGUCGCAAGAAGAACGCGUUCGUGGGCUUAACGAACCUCGGCGCCACGUGCUACGUGAACACUUUCUUGCAGAUGUGGUUUCUUAACUUGGAGCUCCGGCAAGCCCUCUACUUGUGUCCCAGCAGCACGCACACGGCCGGAGAGGGCAUCCCGAAAGACAAAGACUACGAGCCUCAGAGCAUUUGCGAACACCUCCAGUACUUGUUCGCUUUGCUGCAGAACAGCAAGAGGCGAUACAUCGAUCCCUCGGGAUUCGUCAAAGCGCUGGGCUUGGACACUGGACAGCAGCAGGAUGCCCAGGAGUUUUCAAAGUUGUUCAUGUCACUGCUGGAAGAUACUUUAUCCAGACAAAAAAACCCAGAUGUUCGAAACAUCGUGCAAAAGCAGUUCUGCGGAGAGUACGCUUACGUCACGGUCUGCAACCAGUGUGGCAGGGAGUCCCAACUCGUGUCUAAAUUCUACGAGCUGGAGUUAAACAUCCAAGGGCACAAGCAAUUGACAGACUGUAUAACAGAAUUUCUUAAGGAAGAAAAACUAGAAGGAGACAAUCGUUAUUUUUGCGAAACUUGUCAGAGUAAGCAGAACGCCACGAGGAAGAUCCGGCUGCUGAGCCUUCCCUGCACGCUCAACCUGCAGCUGAUGCGCUUCGUGUUCGACAGACAAACCGGCCAUAAGAAAAAACUCAACACCUACAUCGGCUUCUCCGAGCUGCUCGACAUGGAGCCUUUCAUGGAGCAAAAAAAUGGCGUCUAUGUCUACGAACUCAGCGCCGUCCUCAUCCACCGCGGUGUCAGCGCCUACUCCGGCCACUACAUCGCCCACGUGAAGGAUCCGCAGACGGGCGAGUGGUACAAGUUCAACGACGAAGACAUCGAAAAGAUGGAAGGGAAGAAACUGCAGCUGGGGAUUGAGGAAGAUCUAGCCGAACCUUCCAAAUCCCAGACUCGUAAACCCAAGUGCGGGAAGGGGACCCACUGCUCACGCAAUGCUUACAUGCUGGUGUACCGGCUGCAGACCCGCGAGAAAUCGCUGACGGUCGAAGUACCAGCUUUUCUGCAGGAGCUGGUAGAGCGGGAUAACUGCAAAUUCGAGGAGUGGUGCAACGAAAUGGCCGAGAUGCGCAAACAGAGCGUGGCCAGGGGCAAAAUCAAACACGAGGAGGUGAAGGAGCUCUACAAAAGGUUACCCGCUGAAGCUGGUUCCCCGUACGACUUCAUCUCUCUCGAAUGGCUGCAGAAAUGGCUGGAUGAGUCCACUCCCCCCAAACCCAUCGAUAACACAGCCUGCCUGUGCUCGCACGGCAAACUCCAUCCCGAUAAAAUCUCCAUGAUGAAGAGGAUAUCAGAGUACGUGGCUGACUUCUUCUACAGGCGGUACGGAGGAGGGCCCCGGCUGAACGUCAAAGCACUUUGCAAGGACUGCGUGGUAGAACGGUGUCGAAUCCUGCGGCUGAAAAACCAGUUAAACGAAGACUACAAAACCGUAACGAACCUGCUGAAGAUCACAGUCAAGGGGAACGACGGGUUUUGGGUCGGGAAGGCGUCCUUGCGGAGCUGGCGGCAGUUGGCUCUGGAGCAACUCCAUGAGCAAGACGAAGACGCGGAGCACAGCAAUGGCAAAAUGAACGGAAACGCACAAAACAAAGAUGAAUCCAAUGAAGAGAAGAGAGAGGAGGAAGAGGAGUUAAAUUUUAAUGAAGACAUCGUUUGCCCACAUGGUGACCUGUGCAUCUCCGAAAAUGACCGGAGGGUGGUUUCCAGGGAAGCCUGGGAGAAGCUCAAGCAAUAUUUUCCAAAGGCCCCUGAAUUCCCAAAUAACAAAGAGUGCUGCUCCCAGUGCAAGAUUUUGGAGCGCGAAGGAGAGGAAAACGAAGCUCUCCAUAAGAUGAUGGCCAGCGAGCAGAAGACUUCUCUCCAGAACCUGUUUCACGAUAAAUGCAGACCUUGCCUGGGCAGCUGGCCUCAG